AUCAAGGGGCGUUCGCCGGCGCGUCUGAAACUUGAAGCAAACUUUACAGCCGUCAAUACGCGAACAGAUAUAUCGGAGAGAACAUGUCCCUUUGCUACGAAAUCUAACAAUAUGAGAUAAAUUGUCAUGAAAAAAUGCAAAACGAAAGUAAAAGUGUUUCAGAGAGUGGUAGAAAGGCGUUGCGGACGCCGAAGUGUGCGAGGUGCAGGAAUCACGGCGUGAUCUCCUGUCUGAAGGGGCAUAAGCGGUUCUGUCGAUGGCGUGAUUGUCGCUGCCCAGGGUGUCUGCUGGUGCUCGAGCGUCAGAGGGUUAUGGCUGCACAGGUAGCAUUGCGCCGGCAGCAGGGCGCAGGCACGCCGCGGGGCAGCGAGGCAGCAGCACUUGCCGCGCGCAAGAAGGCGUACAGAGCGCGUUUGCGCUGCAUGCAAAUGUCCAGAACUUAUCCAUCACCACCACAACCCUAUGCCAAUAUGAGGUUGCUCGGCGACCCGGCGUGGAGCGAGCGCGUGCGUCGUCGCAAGGUGUUCGCUGACGAGGAGCUGGCGGAGGUGCCGCUGCCCGCCCCCGCGCGGCCGACACUGCCGCCUGCGCCAGCUACCCUCUGCUCGCACCUGCUGGCGGCUAUACUCCGCAACUACGGCAUGCCCCCGCCCGCGCCUACUCCAUCCAAACCACCCAAGAUAUCCUUCUCUAUUGAAUCCAUUAUCGGCGUAAAAUAACUAUACGAAAUACGUAAACAAACAUAAAUAUGUUUAUAUGUUAAUAGUCUGGUCGUUAAAUUUGAUCGCGAUCAUUCAGUGCGCCAUUAUUGAUGUUAAGUUUUGGUCACGUGAUCGUUUAGUAAGAUCAAUCAUUUAAUAUUUUUUUUAUGAAGC